CUCUUAUCAAAGGUUUAGCCUUGUCACGCUCGGGGAUAGGGUUGUACUUUACUCCUGCGACGAAGUAGUUACAACCCUAUUCGGCAAAACCUUAUUCCCGAAUUGGCAGAAACUCAAACCUGCCUGUCCUAGAUCUUGCCAACCAAUUCCAAGACGGAUGAGUGUCCGUGCCCAAAAUGGUGGUGACCGAAUGAGGACAGUUUGGACUCCUGAAAUGGAUCAAUAUUUCAUCGACCUGAUGUUGGAGCAGCUCAGCAAAGGAAACAGGUUUGAUGAUCCUUUGUUUAGUAAACGAGCAUGGAAACAGAUGACAUCAUUGUUUAGUGCUAAAUUCAAAUUUCAGUACCGUAAAGAUGUUCUGAAAAAUCGCUACAAAACCCUUAGAAGUCUUUACAAGGCUAUAAAGAGUCUCCUUGAACAGAAGGGUUUUAGCUGGGAUGAAAUGAGACAAAUGGUGACAGCCGAUAAUAAUGUUUGGGAGGAGUAUAUUAAGGUACACCCAGAUGCACGCACAUACAGAAUAAAGACAGUCCCUUAUUAUAAUGAUCUGUGUUUGAUAUACGGCAAUAAAACUAUUGAACAGAAAGGUGAUAACUUGCCAGAUUCAUCAUCACAUUUGAGUGAGAAGGAAAUAGUUAUGGUUACUCCACUAAGUAGUGCUGUUGAAGAUGUGAAUGCUAUUGAUGAAAUUAUGCUAAAUGAAGAUAACAAGAUCUCUAUGCCAAAAGGAGUUGUGGAUGAUACACCACAGGCCAAGCCAAAUGUAACAGGAACCACAGUGGGAAGUCGUUCUAGGACUUAUUGGCAACCACCGAUGGACCGUUACUUCAUUGAUCUUAUGCUAGACCAAGUGCAAAAAGGGAACCGGAUUGAUGGUGUUUUUCGCAAGGAAGCAUGGAUUGAGAUGAUUGCAUCAUUCAAUGCUAAGUUUGGUUUCAGCUACGACAUGGAAAUUCUAAAGAAUCGCUAUAAAACACUGAGAAGGCAGUAUAAUGUUAUAAAGAAUCUUCUAGACCUGAAUGGGUUUGUCUGGGAUGAUGCUCGUCAAAUGGUCACUGCUGAUGAUUAUGUGUGGCAAGACUAUGUCAAGACACAUACAGAUGCGCGACAAUUUAUGACCCGACCUGUUCCCUACUUUAAAGAUCUCUGUGUGAUAUGUGGUGACUCAAGUCUUGAUGAAAGUGAUUGCUUCUCCAUUCAAGAGAUAGAGAUGCAAAAAGAAGUUCACGAGGUGAAGUUUCUUGGAGGACCAAAUGACUCCCAAUCUCCCGUGGCAUCAAAUUCUUGUGAAGAUGAAGUUGGUUAUUUUCUAGAGUCAGCCCAUGCCGGUUCAAAAUCUGUUGUAUCUAGUAGUAAGAAGAAACGCCAAUUUGAGAACUGGUCAAACUCUGCAUGUAUUAAAAAAUUAAGAUGCAAACAUGAGGGCAUGUGUGAUACUCCACAUGAGAUAGUUUCUUUAUCGGAUAGUAAGAAUGGUGAUGAGAAUUCAAACAUCGUACCCAUAGAGAAUGUUAUUGCAGCCGUCCAGGCAUUACCAGACAUGGAUGAAGACCUUGUAUUAGAUGCCUGUGAUUUCCUUGAGGAUGAAGUGAAAGCCAAAACAUUUAUGGCCCUGGAUGUUAAAUUCCGAAAGAAAUGGUUGCUAAGGAAGCUUCGUCCUCAGUUAUAGGUUUGUCUAGUUUUUAAUUUUUUUUUUUUUUUUUGUGUAGAUUUA